AUGGCUACAUGUCUGUGUUCUAAAACUUCGAAUACGAUUGUUGCUGCACUAAUGGCUAGCAGAAUCUACAAACACGCAGCCACUCUAACAACAGAGCACGAAAAACGGCGCGAAUUUGACGAAAAAGAAAAAACAUUUGAUAAACAUGCAGCUCAGAUUAUCGAUAAAUGUUUUGAAGAAGAUGAAAAUUUUGCUGUGGAUGUCUUAAGGACGAAAUCGAAGUUGUUCUUUGACUAUAGCCCAUUAGAACUAGCUGAACAGAAUCAUUGUCGUGCCUUUUUGGCUACAAAAACUGCCCAAAAGCACUUGGACAUGAUUUGGUAUGGUGAGACUGAUGAUCAUGGACACGACCAAACGAAAAUUAGUUGGCUUUUUUAUAAUCAUUGUCGCGAACAAUCCAAAUAUCAGAGUCAUCAUCGUAUUCGAAGUUAUUUUAAAAAUGUCAAAUGGAAUGUUUUGGAUAUUGCUGCAAUACUGAUCUAUAUAGUCGGUUUUAUAACCAGGUUUAUUGUUAUUGAACAAGCAUUUAUCGUAUCGAAAAUAUGUAUGGCUAUCGACGUGUUUCUAUGGUAUGUUAGAAUGCUACAUUUGUUUUCGGCCUACCAACGAUUAGGACCAAAAUUGUUGAUGAUAUUUAACACGAUGAAAGAUUUGGUAUUUUUCAUCUACUUUAUUUUAAUAUUUAUCUUUGGAUAUGCAAUUUCGUCGUACGCAUUGAUCACAACAGAUGAUCAAGUUAAAUGGAUUUCGAAUUCCAGUGGCGGUCAUGCUACACAAUAUUCUCUUACAAACGAUGGUGAUAAUUUAUGGCGGUGGAGACUUAUACGAAGUGUUCUGGACUGGGGUAUCUGGAAAGUAUUUGGUCAAGUGAAUCUUGUAGGAGUAGUCGAAGCCGACGGCACAGUACUUAAGGGUGGUAAGCAUUCAUUUAUAGCGCUCCAAAAUAACGGUUGUUAUAUGAAUUCCGGGUGA